AAGUCAAGGCAGCCGAGCAACAAAACACAGAUGAAAUCUGAUUUCUGGCUGCUGGCAGAUUGAAUUUCAAAACGGAGCAACCGAGAAGCGUGCGACGAGCAAUCGAAACCGAUUCGCAUCGAAUCCGAGCACCGAUCCCGCCAUGCAAGCUAGCGAUUCGACACCCGCGGCUGCUGCCGCCGUCGAUGAGCAGUCGCUGGCAGCGAAUACCACGACAACAGUCGCUGGCCAAGAUGCGGAGAACAACAACCAUAACGAAGGAGUAGGAGGAGGAGGAGGAGCUGAGGAAUUAGAAGCGGAGGCUGAGGCGGAAUCGGAAGCCACCUCGGCCGAGGAGCGCGAGGAACUGCAGCAGUUCAUAAGCGAGCUGCGCGACAAGAUCGAGAGCAAGCGCCAGUUGCGCCUGGAAAACUCCAACUUUGAGCUGCCCGGCGAGGAGCACUUUGCCCGCCUGGACUCCAACCUGAAGAAGAACACGGCAUUUGUGAAGAAACUCAAGGUGUUCACUGCCACCCAGCUGGACGGGCUCCUGCGCGAACUGGCCGCCCUCAAUCUAAGCAAAUACAUCUCGGAAAUCUGUGCAGCUCUGGCGGAAGCCAAGCUAAAGAUGACCGAUGUCCCGGCUGUGGUCACCCUGGCCUCCCGCCUCCAUCGCACCUAUGCGGAUUUUGAUGUACAAUUUCUGGAGGCCUGGCAGAAGGCGCUGAACAUCAAGGCGAAUGGCGAGAAGAUAGGUAAUCCCAGUAAGCUUCGGGUGGACCUGCGCCUCUUCGCCGAGCUGGUUAGCUCAGGAGUGAUCCAAAUGAAGCCGGGCCUGGCUCAGCUGGGCGUGGUUCUGGUCCAUCUGAUAGCCCAGGACAAGGAUGAUCAUAGUAACUUCUCCAUUAUACUCUCCUUUUGCCGGCACUGUGGGGAGGAGUACGCCGGCUUGGUGCCCCAGAAGAUGCAGCAACUGGCGAGCAAAUAUGGCGUGGAGGUGCCCAAGUCGGAUUUCCUGACCGCCGACAAGCAGCUCAAUCUGAGGACCAUGCUCAAGGGCUACUUCAAGGCCCUGUGCAAGCAUGUCCUGGCCGAGCAGGCCGAGCUGAUGAACAUGACCAAGAAUAUACGGCGGAUUAUGGAGUGCAAGGGUGAGAUAUCCACGGAGAAGCGCGAGAAAUGCGAACUGAUGCAGGCGGGCUUCGAUAAGGUCCUGGCCUCGGCCCAAUCCCUGUCGGAGCUGCUGGGUGAGCCGCUGCCGGAGCUGGCCAAGGAGUCGGAAUGCUGCAAUCCGGGCACAGUCAUAGACAAUAUGCUGGACAGUGCUGCCUUUGGUGUGCUGGAUCCUUGGGGUGAUGAGGAGACGCGAGCCUUUUACACGGAUUUGCCGGAUUUGCGGCAGUUUUUGCCCAACUUUUCGGCACCAAAAGUGGAUUUGGAGACUCUAGAGGAGCCCAGUGAGCUCACAGAGGAGGCCAUUGAGGCGAAUCUGGAUGCAGAAAUGGAUAUAGAUGAUCCGCCUUCGACCACAUCGGAUACUGGGUUGGAUGUUGUGGCUCCCGAGGAGCUAACAGUGCCCGCAGCACCAGCAUCAGCAACUCCCCCCUCCACCGAGGAGGUGAAGCCACAGAAGAUGGGCAAUGCCCUCAUGGAGUUGGGCCGCCAGCAGCAGCAGCAACAGCCCCAGCAGAAUCCUAGCCAGAGCACCUCCCAGACCCAGUUGCGUCAGCAGUUUGAUGCCUUUCUGCUGAACCUCUUCAACUGCGUCAACAAGGAGCUUAUUGACUCGGCGGCCAUCGAGUUUUUGCUUAAUUUCAACACGAAACAUCAGCGGAAGAAGCUCACCCGCACCAUCUUCUCGGUGCAGCGCACCCGUUUGGAUAUACUGCCCUAUCUGUCCCGCUUUGUGGCCAUCAUCCAUCUGUGCAACACCGACAUGGCCGCCGAUCUGGCCGAGCUGCUGCGCAAGGAGUUCAAGUGGCACAUUCGCAAAAAAAACCAACUGAAUAUUGAAUCCAAGCUGAAGAUUGUCCGGUUCAUCGGGGAGCUGGUCAAAUUUGGUCUCUUCAAGAAGUUCGAUGCCUUGGGCUGCCUAAAGAUGCUGCUGCGCGACUUCCAGCAUCAUCAGAUCGAGAUGGCCUGCGCCUUUGUGGAGGUCAGCGGUGUCUAUUUGUACAAUUGCCGGGAUGCCCGGCUCCUGAUGAAUGUCUUUCUGGAUCAAAUGCUGCGCAUGAAGACGGCCACGGCCAUGGAUUCCCGCCACUCGGCCCAGAUUGAGAGUGUUUACUAUUUGGUGAAGCCACCGGAGUCAUCGAAGCGGGAGGCGACCCCGCGUCCGCCCAUGCACGAGUACAUCCGUCAUUUGAUCUUCGAGGAGCUGUGCAAGCAAAAUGUGGAGCGCUGCAUCAAGAUGCUGCGACGCAUCGACUGGCAGGAUCCGGAGACCAACAGCUAUGCCAUCAAGUGCCUCAGCAAGGCUUACCUGCUGCGCUUCCCGCUGAUCCGCUGCCUGGCGGAUCUGGUAUCGGGCCUGAGCUCCUAUCAGCCGCGUGCCGUGACCGUGGUCAUAGACAAUGUCUUUGAGGAUAUACGGGCGGGUUUGGAGAUCCAUUCACCCAGGAUGGCUCAAAGACGCAUAGCCAUGGCCAAGUAUCUGGGCGAGAUGUACAACUACAAGCUGGUGGAGUCCACGCACAUCCUAAAUACCCUGUACUCGAUUAUAUCGCUGGGCGUGUCCAUGGACCAGAAUGUGGUCUCACCCUUGGAUCCGCCGGAUAGUCUGUUCCGGCUGAAGCUGGCCUGCAUGCUGCUGGACACCUGUGGACCCUAUUUCACCAGCCAGGCCACGCGCAAAAAACUGGACUACUUCCUGGUCUUCUUCCAGCACUAUUACUGGUUCAAGAAAUCGCAUCCUGUGUUUAGCCGUUCGGAAAACACCUCCGAUUUGUUUCCCAUCCUGGUGGAUCACACCUACCGCGACUGCCUGUCCAGUGUGAGGCCCAAACUGAAGCUGUACAAGAGUCUGGAGCAGGCCAAGGCGGCAAUUGAUCAGCUGCAGGAUAAGCUAUAUCCCCAGCUGAAGAGCAGCAGCAGCAGUAGCCUCAACUGUGGCGGUAACAGCAGCAACAUAGCUAGCCAGGAUCCAGCCUUAACAACCAUCAGCGAGAUCAACGAACUGGAGGACAAUGUCACCGAUGAGGAGGAUUCUGCCUCCUCCAAUGACCAGCGAGAGCGCCAGGUGGCUGGCAGCCAGGAGGUCGAACCGGAACAGGCCAAUGAUUGGACGGAGAAUGAGACAGAGCCACCGCUGCCACCACCACCGCCCCCUGAGAAAUCCAAGGAGGAUCUGGAAUUUGAGCAGAUGUACGAGAAGAUGACCACAGACUCAUACCAGGAGCGCCUAAAGGAGCCACUAAAAGCCACCGCCAAGGAUAUACCAGUGCCGAUGACGGCCCGCCUGCAAAAGAAGUCCUACGAUCAGCUUAAUGGCGGCUCCAGUCAAACCUCCUUGCAGAUCUCAAAGGGAACCAGCGCCGUGGUGACGCACGAGGGAGCUCCAGGUGCUCCAGGCAUCAACAGUGGCCCUGAAGCUCAAGUCGAGGGCAGCAAAUCUGGUGGAGGAGGAGGAACCACCGCCGUGCCCUUUGUCCUAAUGGUACGCGGCCACAAGGGCGGCAAGCAGCAGUUCAAAUCCUUUGUGGCCGCCUCAGACUCCCAUUUGGCCAUCAAUUUGAAGCGCCAGGAGCAGGCCAUACGCGAGGAGAAGGAGAAGGUCAAGCGCUUGACUUUGAAUAUAACAGAGCGGAUUGAGGAGGAGGAUUACCAGGAGUCACUGCUGCCGCCGCAACAGCGCAAUUUUGGCCAUCAAAGCUACUACCAGAAGCCGAACAAGCACAAGUUUAAGCACCAAAAGGGCGCCCCAGAUGCGGAUCUCAUCUUUCACUGAGAAAACGGAACAAAUGUGGCUGUAAGCUAACAGAGCUAAAUUCUCCAGGGACUGCGAUUGCGACUGAGGGCGGGGGUUAGGAUGGAGGCUCCAAGAGCCUGCAUAGAAGCUCCCAACCGACAAGCACACAAACACACCUCAGAAAUCGUACUUAAGCCCACUGAAAACUGAAGACAAGAAAAAGGCAGAAAAGCCAGAAAGCCCUCGCAAUCGCAGCCAGCUCAAGCCAUGGGGGGGUCAUGGCACUCGCACUCGUACUCGUCCUCGAUAUUAUCCUGUACAUAAUAUAGAACAGAACAGAAUGGAACGGAACAGCCUCUGCAUCUAACAUACGUAGAGGGAAACCCCAACCCUAACCGUAACCGUAACCAUAUAUCUUAAAUAUUACAUAGUACGUACCAUUGCCUAGACUUGUUUCGAAAACAGAACCUAAUGUAUACAACGAUAUAUACCACACACAUACAUAAACAGAUAUUCAUAUACAUAUAUAUAUCCAUCUAUAUGCAUGUAUAUAUAUAUAUAUAUAUAUAUAUAUUCGGUGUACAUAAACUGGGCAUCCAUGUUAAAUGUGUUUGCAAAUUUAAUUGACAUUUUUUUGGAAUUGGAAAAUGGUCUGAAAAUGAGUAAGAGAAAGGGAGGUUGGUUUUCUCUUUCUUGCCUUUUAAAAGGAUUCAGAAUUCUCUUCAUAAAAUGAAAAAUACUUUUUCCACAAUAAUUUUCUUAUUUUUCAUCGUAUUUAAAAAAAAAAGCUGUUUAAAAAAGUUUGCAAGUGUAAGAGUGAGAUAGAGAUAUAUUAGUUGUCUUCUUCUUUUUUAAAGGGUCCUAGAAUUCUCUCCAUAAGAUACACUUUUUUUCUACAAUAAUUCUCGUAUUUGAAUGAUUUUCUCAGCUUAAAAAAAUGAUUAAAAAUAGGAUAGAGAGAUUGGAUGGGUUUUCUCUCUGUCUCUCUCUCGUCUCUCUCUCUCUCUCUCUCUCUCUCUCUCUCUCUCUCUCUCUCUCUCUCUCUCUCUCUCUCUCUCUCUCUCUCUCUCUCUCUCUCUCUCUCUGAAAGGACCCUCUUCCCAAAUCAGAAAUUAAACUCCUUUUCUUUAUAUUUUUUUUUCUCAUUUUUAUUUCACUAAAAAUUAGCAUCAAAACAAUUGAAUUUUUUCGACUUUUUAAUUCGUUUUUCGGUUUUUUCCUUUUUUUAUUAUUAAUAAAAAUUACUCAAAACACGUUCAAAAACCAACUCGUUUUCUUCUGCUACGCUUUAAAUAUCUUCUUUUUUUUUUUUUUUUUUUUUGUUAAUCAGUAAUCAGUACAAAUGGCAAAAAAAUAUAUAUAUGUAUAUAUAUUCAUAUAGUAGUAUUAAUUUACUAUUAAUGAACCGAAGAAAAUUCAAUAAUUAAACAAAAAAACACACACAAGAGACUAAUUAUUACAAAAAAUAAAUGAAAUGUAUAAAAACACAUUAGGUUCUCCUGUUCUUUCUUAUUAUUUUCUCUGGUUUUCCUUUUUCGUUUUUCCAUUUUGUAAAAAAGAAUUAUUAUAAAAAUGAUUAAAUAAAAAAAGGGCGGCUACAAUUAACAAUUACAAGCUUAAAUGUUAAUACGCUUAAAUAUUAAUUUUUUUAAAGUUAGAUUUUCUUUUCUUUUCUUUUUUAAUAUAAAACAAAUAGGGGGAAAGAAAUUUAAGAGGAUAGCUGGGGGAUGGUAACAGGCCUUCAAUUCUUGAAUUUUUUAAUUAAAAAACAAAAAAUACGCAUAAAAAAAUAAAAAAUAAAAUAAAAUACUAUAAAAAAA